AUGGAGACAGCAACUUCUUCCCCUUUAUCUACUCAAUCGAGGAGCAAUAGCGAGAAUUUCGGGUCCACUACAAUUAUACCGCAUAUGAACCCUUCCUUAGCAACGCCGCUAACUGUAUCAACUAUGGUGAAUCAUUCAAACUCCAGAGAAUUCAUGAAGUUAACUCCAGUCCGUAUUAGAGAUUUCGGUUCUCCCUUGAAAAAUGUGUCCACUAAUCACCAAUUUUUGGAUCUAGAUAAUGGAACUCAUAGUAUGGUAGAUAAUAUGUAUAAGGAAAAUUUCAAUCUCAUUUCAAAAGACUUGGAAAGGCUACUGGAGAACCUCAAUGUCAUAUAUCAAAAUAUUGGAUAUUCUAAUUCAGAAAUUAUCAAUAAAGAAAAGCUCAUAUUCACCACUAUAUCUGAUUCUAUAAAGCAGUUUUUUGAACAAGCUGACGAAGAAUUGAAAAGAUUAUCCGUGGAAAAUGGAAUCGACCAAGACAUUCUGAAUAACAUCCUGGAAAGAAUUAAUGACCCUAGUGGAAUAAAAACUAUUCCCGAUUUAUACAUUAGAAAUGCAAUUUUAUUACAAGAGAGUAAAACUGUGCCACAAUCACCUAAGAAGCCACUCUCACUGUUGAGCAAGAAGGCUGCACUAGAUACUGCAAAAAACUUUGUUUUGGGAAAUUUUCUACCCCAAUUACACAGCUAUUUGAAAUCACUUAUUACUUUAAAACAACUUAUAGAGUGCGUGAAAGAAGAUCUUCCAGGAUUGACGGAAGGAGAUAGCAAAACUAUUACAGCCUUUCCAGAACUGGCCAUAUUAACCACAUAUCUGGUACAGAUAGGAAAUACUAAAGACAAUAUCAAUCUGUCCAUGAAAUUUAUCAAAGAUAACAGAGAUGAUAUUUUAAAGGGGUCAGCAUUUAAAACUAUUAAUGAAGACUCUGUGAUACACAUGAAUGAGAUCAUAAAAAUUUACAAGGAGGAAUAUGAGAGGAGGCUUGAAAGCAUACUUAUAAAAAAGAACACUAUUUUUUCCAUAUCUGAGGAACUCGAAAUUCCGCUCUCAACAGUAGUAAAUGAAAAUUUUGAGAGAGAUUUGAGAUCUUACGGAGAGGAAAAAAGUCUCAUAUCGGAUUUACCAACUUUUCAUCCUGUAGACAGAGAAAUAAUGUGCAAAAUCGAUAUAGCAGCAGAAAAGAUGGAAUCUAUUCAUUGUGAAAGAACCCACCAAAAAAAUCUUUUGAUGGAACAAUGCAAAAAGCUUUGGGGAAGACUGAGAAUUCCUCAAGAAUAUGUCGGAGCUUUCAUGCAAAAUAACUCUAGUCUAUCUACCGAAACGUUGGACAGAAUCUCUAAAGAAGUAACACGGCUAGAAACAAUGAAGAAAAAGUUAAUCAAAAAACUUAUAUCAGACUCCUGGGAUAAAAUUAGGGAAUUAUGGGACACGCUGCAGUAUCCAGAAGCAAGUCGAUCUAGUUUCAUCAUUAUAUUCGAGGAAUUGAGAGGAGAUGCUACAACUUUACAGGAAGAUGAGCUUCUUCUAGAAACUUGUGAAAGUGAGCUAAAGAGACUAGAGGACAAAUUAGUACUUUAUAAACCAAUCUUGAAACUAAUGUCCGAUUUUGAAUCUUUGCAAAAAGAUCAAGAAUUUUUGGAAAGAAGCUCAAAAGACUCUUCUAGGCUUUUAUCCAGAAAUUCUCAUAAGAUUUUACUAACUGAAGAAAAAAUGAGAAAAAGAAUAACCAGGCACUUUCCUCGAAUCAUCAACGAUUUAAGAAUUAAACUAGAAGAGGCCGAUAGACUAUUCGAUCAACCCUUCAUGUACAAGGAUAAACUUCUUACGGAGGCAAUUGACAUUCAACAACAAGAGAUAGAGGCAAAAUAUCCAAGAUGUAGAGUUAGAAUGCAGAGGUCGAAAAAAGGAAAGAGUGCGAUGGACAAGAACAAUAAAAUUACGAAAGCCACUUCUAAGUUGACUCAAAAAUCCAUCAGGAUACCAGUUGAUUUAGAUUUAAACACCAUCAAGAUAACUCAUAAAACGCCUUCAAAAACUACAAUGAAUCAGUUUCCUCAUAAUAGAUCAUCUCAAGAGAAUUCGCUUCCUCGACGUAUGCAAGGGACAACAAGGUUAUCUAGCCCGAAAAGAAGAGAUACCAAAUUACUGCCGCCUACCGUGAUAUCUAGAAAUUCCAAAGGAAACCUAAAAAAACCUCCCUUGAACAGAGGUAAAUCAUAUGAUUUUACAUCAUCGCCUAUGCUAAGCUAUGCGCAAAACGAAUGUCCAGUAAAACCACGCCAAUUAUUCCCGAUUUCAUUGAAUAAAGUCGACACCAAAGGCAGUCACAUCCCUCAGUUAACCAAAGAGAAGGCUAUGGAGCUUCUUAAAAGACCGGCUGCCAGCACCGGUAAAGAGAAUACAAAUAGCCCGGAGAGAAAAAGCUCACCAAAGGAUUACUCAAAAAAAACGAGCAGCCCCUACAAGGAGCCUGAGCACAGCGUGUACAAACUUUUAAUGUCGCCAGAAGGUAAGUUUCAGCUGAAUAUUCAACAAAAAGAUCUUGAAAGUGGAUUUGACGAUACCAGCAUGAUGGAAGAUGAGAAUGAUAAAGAUUUUAUAACAUGGAAAAACGAGCAGGUAUCGAAGUUGAAUGGGAUCUCCUUCACAGAUAUCUAG